AUGAGUCAAUCAAGUCUUCUGGAUCGACUAUCAUCGUUGGAUACCAACACAGUAUCCGACGCCCUCGACUUCCUAGGCCUCAAAGGAGCCACAUACGGCCUCCAACCACUCUGGGACUGUCCAAAGAUAGUCGGACGCGCCAGCACAGUGAAAGUCGGCCCCAAAACCGACGUUGCUCCAGCAGCCCAUCUUCUUACACCAGUCAUAGACGCCGUGACCACAGAUGACCGCAUUCUCGUCAUCGCCGGCGGCACAGAAGGCGUGUCAUGCUGGGGUGAUAUCAUCGCCAACGCUUCGAAGAUCAAACGCAUUCGUGGAACCAUCAUCGACGGCAUGAGCCGCGAUAUCGAUGGUAGCCGCGAUGUCGCCUACCCCGUCUACGGCCGCGGUGUUACCAUGAUCAGUGCUCGGAAUCGUGUUGUUCAAUACGACUCUGGAAUCCCCUUGGAAAUGCGAGGAGUCACGGUCAAUCAGGAUGACUAUGUUAUUGCGGAUCGAUGUGGAACGGUGUUUGUUCCUGCAGCCCGUAUUGAAGAAGUUCUUGAUCUGGGAGAGAGAAUUGACCGUCGUCAAAAUCUGAUGGUUCAGGCCGUUCGCGCCGGCCAUCCUGUGUCUGAAGUUAUGCACGAUUCGCAGUUUGAAGCUAUCCGCACGGAUGCGCCCAAGUCUCAAGAUGCACCUUCGCAGCCAGGCCGGAAUCCCAAGAAGGCUAGCGCUGAAGAUGAAGAGUUGAUCGCUUUGUUCGCCGAUUCAGACACACCCGGUGUCUCGGAUGCGCUUGAUAAACUUGGCAUUUCUGGACAAGCAUUUGGCAUCAUGCCUUUGACCGAUUACAGCAAGGUCACUGUCGGACCAGCGUUCACGGUUCGCUACGUGCCGGCCAGCGAUCCCCCUGGAAGCGUCGGCGACUUCAUUGACGACGUCGCCGUUGGGGAUGUCGUUGUCAUUGACAACGGUGGUCGCACCGAUUGCACCGUUUGGGGCGACAUCAUGACUCAAUACGCUGGAAUCCGGGGCAUCGCUGGCUCUGUGAUUGACGGUGUCUGUCGUGACGUGAACCGUGCAAUCAGCGAUGAUUACCCCCUCUUCACUGCGGGGCGCUGGAUGAGGACCGGUAAAGAUCGUGUUCAGGUCGGCGGUGUCAACGAGCCCAUUGGAAUUGGCAAAGUACGGGUUGUACCGCGCGAUAUUGUCGUCGCUGAUGCAAAUGGAGUUGUCAUUGUCCCCCGCGACCGCGCUCGUGAGGUCGCUGAGGUCGCUCGGCAGGUUGAGAACAGUGAAGCUGGUAUUCGGAAGCUGAUCUCUGCUGGUGCAUCUAUUGCUGAGGCGCGAGAGAAGUUGGGAUAUCACACACUUCAACGUAAGGGUUAG